GAUCCAGAAGGACGAAAGCGGCGACAGGUGUUCUGUGUCUCGCGGUGUUCAUGAUGAGGAAAGUGCUGCGCGGACCUAUUUCUCCAGAUAGGGACACUUUAAAAACUGACGUCCAAGCUCGUAUAUAAGCAGUAGCAUUGACUAUUACUGUUGUUUUACCAUCAGUAAAUGUCAGGAUUGAGCAAUUUACCAUAAAUACUAUUAUUCUAAAUGUCACAUCUGCGUCAUCUUUGCUCGCUUGCAGGCGCCAUAACGUUCUUCUCGUUUUUUAGGCGUCUGUGGAGCACUUGGUUGAGCCACAAAUUCUAUCCACUUGGACAGAAAAAAAUCAUUUUGCGCAUGCGUUUAUUAGUCAAAGAACUUUUGAGCUGACGUCUGAUUCUCUGUGGGGGAUGGAGGCGGAGCGAGCCGAGUCUCCCCUCGACUUGAGCCACCUGACGGACGAGGAGCAGUCGAGCAUCCUGCAGGUCUUGGAGCGCGACCUGGAGCUGCGUCAUCGCGAUGAAGGGCGUGUAAGGAGCCUCCGGCAGACGGAGACCAACCCCGUGCGCCUGCGCUUCCUGUCGGGUUCGUGGUUCAGCGAGGAGCGGAGCAAACGCCACCACGGCCGCUCGUCCGGCAGCGACCUGGUGCACGCCACCAUACGGCACAGGAGGACGAGGAGCAGAGAUGUGCCCCUGGAUGGCCUGUUCAAUGGAGAACGAGAGGAAACCUCCUGCAACAAUGGCUCCUCUCCUAAGGCAGAGAGUAGACUGGAGGAUGAGGAUGGAGGGACUCAAUCAGUCGUGAAGCCUACAGCCCCACCCAGAACAAAGAGCCCACUAGUGCAGGUCCAGGGCGCCCAGCACAGGGAUAGUUCCCCAUCAUCCAGUGCAUGCGAAAGCAGAAGUAACGGCCACUCAGAGGAACCCGAGGACGACUUCGACCUCCACAACGGUGACGUUAGUUCUCUGAGCAGCAGCCUGACGGAACCAGACCCAGCCUCUCUGAAAAGCAGCAGCUCCAACAGCAGCCUUCAUCUGGGCUACACGCUCAGUGGAAGCAUGAUGAGUCUGUUCAGCUCCGGGGACUUCGGACUGGUGGAGGUGAGGGGCCGUAUUCAGUUCUCAUUGGUUUAUGACUCCCAGAAGGAGGAGCUGCACGUCCGAGUGUACCGCUGCGAGGACAUCGCCUCAGUGCGCAAGGCCCGCUCCGACCCAUACGUCAAAACCUAUCUGUUGCCGGACAAGUCCAGUCACAGUAAGAAGAAGACCUCAGUGAAGAAGAAAACCCUGAACCCGGUCUAUGAUCAGACACUCAAAUACAAAGUGCGGAUCGGGGAGCUGCGGAGUCGCACCUUGAACCUGUCCGUGUGGCAUGCCGAGCCCCUGGGGAGGAACGUGUUCCUGGGGGAGGUGGAGGUGGCUCUGGACCUCUGGGACUGGGCCUGCACCCAGCCGCUGUGGCAGGACCUGCAGCCGCGGGUUCAUCUCAGUCCAAACUCCAUUAGCAGUCGUGGCAGCAUCAUGCUUUCUAUUAAGUUCGUCCCGGCUGGAUCUGAGGGUGGAGGUCUGCCGCUGACGGGCGAGCUCCACAUUUGGCUUCGGGAGGCUCACGGUCUGCUUGUGAACAAAGGCGGAGCCAUAGACUCGUUUGUCAGAAGCUUCAUACUCCCAGACGCCAGUCGACAGAGUGGCCAGAAGACGCGGGUGGUGAAGCGCUCCAUCAGUCCCACCUACAACCACACCAUGGUGUACGACGGCUUCCACUGCAGCGACCUGAGGGAGGCCUGCGCCGAGCUGACCGUCUGGCAGCGCGACGGCAUGAAGACGCACGUCCUAGGAGGGAUUCGCCUGAGCUGCGGAACAGGCCAGAGUUACGGUGAAGCUGUCGCCUGGAUGGACUCUACUGAAGAGGAGAUUGGUGUGUGGACCUCUAUGAUUGAGAACCCAAACCACUGGGUUGACACAAAGCUGCCAAUCAGAACCAACAUCACACCUCGUUCUGAAUGAGUCACACGCUCAUAUAAUAACAACUGGACUGAAAGGACACUGCACAUGUUGGCAGAAACUCUGUCACACAAACUCUUUGUGUUUUUCAUACAUGCAAACUGCAGGAAGUAGUGAUGCAAUAUUGUGAAUACAUGCAGAUCAGAGACUUUAUGCUUUUCAGGUGUUUACUUGUAUGUUUGGUCCAGUCUGAUAUGAAAUCCAAGUGUAAUGUAGAUUAUAAAUUAAAUACCAAACUAAAUCUAUUUAACAGUAAUUCAUUUAAUCUUGUUAGACAAGUGCACAUACAUUGAUUUGUUUUAACAUUAAUUUAACUAAGCCUCUGUCCUUUGUUCAGCAGUAAGCCUCCAGUUCAUUAUCACUGAUCUUAACUGCCUGUCCUCUUUCUCACCUGUCAGGGUGUGAAGAGAUCUACAUCUGCAUCUCUCAUGCUAAAGGGCAAAAUCAAUAGUAAUAAUUAUAGCAAUUAGUUAUAGUUAUUUAUAGCGGAGAUUAAUUCAUUGAUUACAUGUUCAGAUCAUGUACAGAUCAUUCUGCUAAUUGCAGUCACUGUUUACUCUGGGUGUGUCAUUAAAAGCUGCAGCUGGACAGAA